AUGGCCUCGGAGUCCAUCGCCCGCCUGUAUUACCACCAAAUAUGGUGCCCUCACCUACCCCUCCCCCAGGCCAUGCCUCGAAGGUUCCAAAUGGCACAGGUCCUCGAAGGGCUUCGAAGUCGACAAGUAGUUUUGAACAGCUGCUUUCCAACCAAGCGGAACAACCCCUCCCCCACAAAGUGGAUCCACCUUCACCAAGUGGAACUUUCCCCACCAAAUGGAGCCACUCCACCAGGUGAAACAACCCCAUCAAGAGAAGCAGCCCUCACCAAGUGGAACCACCCCAUUAAGAGAAAUCACCGUCAUGAAGUGAACCACCUCCACGAAUUGGACCUACCCGCCCAGCCAAGUGGAGCCACCCCAGCCAAGUGGAGCUACCCAAGCAAAGUGGAGCCACCCAAGCAAAGUGGAGCCACCCCAGCCAAGUGGAGCCACCCCGGCCAAGUGGAGCCACCCCAGCCAAGUGGAGCCACCCCAGCCAAGUGGAGCCACCCUAGCCAAGUGGAGCCACCCCAGCCAAGUGGAGCCACCCAAGCAAAGUGGAGCCACCCCAGCCAAGUGGAGCCACCCCAGCCAAGUGGAGCCACCCCGGCCAAGUGGAGCCACCCCGGCCAAGUGGAGCCACCCCGGCCAAAGUCUGAGUUGCAGGUUAUGGACCGCGCUUCUCAACCUUCAAUACCCAUUCCUAAGAACAAGGACACUAGGGACUUUAACAACGGAACUGGAUACCUUAACGAGGAUACAGGGUACCAUAACAAGGACACUGGGUACCACAACAAGGACACUGGGUACCACAACAAGGACACUGGAUCCCACAACAAGGACACUUCACCCCACAACAAGGACACUGGGUACCACAACAAGGACACUUCACCCCACAACAAGGACACUGGGUACCACAACAAGGACACUGGGUACCACAACAAGGACACUUCACCCCACAACAAGGACACUGGGUACCACAACAAGGACACUGGGCACCACAACAAGGACACUGGGUACCACAACAAGGACACUGGGCACCACAACAAGGACACUGGGUACCACAACAAGGACACUGGGCACCACAACAAGAACACUGGGUACCACAACAAGGACACUGGGUACCACAACAAGGACACUGGGUACCACAACAAGGACACUGGGUACCACAACAAGGACACUGGGUACCACAACAAGGACACUGGGUACCACAACAAGGACACUGGGUACCACAACAAGGACACUGGUUACCACAACAAGGACACUGGGCACCACAACAAGGACACUGGGUACCACAACAAGGACACUGGGUACCACAACAAACACUGGAACACUGGGUACCACAACAAGGACACUGGGUACCACAACAAGGACACUGGGUACCACAACAAGGACACUGGGUACCACAACAAGGACACUGGGUACCACAACAAGGACACUGGGUACCACAACAAGGACACUGGGUACCACAACAAGGACACUGGGUACCACAACAAGGACACUGGGUACCACAACAAGGACACUGGGUACCACAACAAGGACACUGGGUACCACAACAAGGACACUGGGUACCACAACAAGGACACUGGGUACCACAACAAGGACACUUCACCCCACAACAAGGACACUGGGUACCACAACAAGGACACUUCACCCCACAACAAGGACACUGGGUACCACAACAAGGACACUUCACCCCACAACAAGGACACUGGGUACCACAACAAGGACACUGGGUACCACAACAAGGACACUGGGUACCACAACAAGGACACUGGGUACCACAACAAGGACACUGGGUACCACAACAAGGACACUGGGUACCACAACAAGGACACUGGGUACCACAACAAGGACACUUCACCCCACAACAAUGACACUGGGUACCACAACAAGGACACUGCACCCCACAAUAAGGACACUGGGUUCCACAACAAGGACACUUCACCCCACAACAAUGACACUGGGUACCACAACAAGGACACUGGGUACCACAACAAGGACACUGGGUACCACAACAAGGACACUUCACCCCACAACAAGGACACUGGGUACCACAACAAGGACACUUCACCCCACAACAAGGACACUGGGUACCACAACAAGGACACUGGGUACCACAACAAGGACACUGGGCACUGA